GUAGUUCGGGAAAAAAUGUAGAGAUGGCGCUUUCGGCGCUUCCAUUCCUAAAAUUUUGUGUUUUAACUUAACCUAUAUAGAAAGUAAAAAUAUUAUUCAGAAUGAAUUUUUCUGCAGUUUAUAGGCUUUUUCGUUUUCCAAAAAAUUCUAUAAUACCAAUUCAAUAUGCAAUACAAACUAAAGAUUAUGCUAAACCAGUAAUCCAGUCAGGAAUGAAAAAGACAAAGAAAAUAACGAUUGCAAGAAAAAAAAUAUUACCUGUGGAAACAGAUGUUAACAGACUCCUGACUUAUGUGUGUGGUACAAAUCUUUACAAGGAAGGAGGAGAGGAUGUCAAAAUAAAGCCAGAUUCUGAGUACCCUGAUUGGUUAUGGACUCUUCGAACUGGUCCUCCGCCUACUUUAGAAGAAUUAGAUCCAAAUACAAAACAGUAUUGGAGAAAGCUACGGUUACUCGGAUUAAGGAGGAAUAAUAAACGACAAGCAACUAAAAAAUUUUAAUUUAUUAUAUAAAUAUGUAUUAUACAUAUAGAUAUAG